CGAAAGUUUAGAGAUUAAAUUGUCGCCAUUUGGAAAAUUUGCUACACGUUUCCGGCGACGACAAAAUACAAUAUUUGCAAGCUAUGUUAUAAAGAGUUACUUUAACAUUAUACGACCAUAUCGUAUAACCACAGAAAUGAUUAUUGAAGAUGUCGAAGCUUUGAAGAAAUGGGUGAUGGAUACUGUUGCACCGAUUUGUGAUGCAGAUCCAGAACCAUUGUCACGAUAUUGCUUAGCUUUAGUGAAGAAAGAUAAAUCUGAGUCUGAACUAAGAGAGUUUUGUCUAGAUCAGCUAGAAGUCUUCUUACAGGGCAAGACAGCAGGCUUUGUUGAUGUUCUGUUUGAUGCUUUAAAGUCCAAAGCUUACCUCCAAUCCAAAGGGAAACCAGAUGUAUCAGAUAACAGUCAAGAGACGCCCUCCUCUACAACAGACGAUAUAAAGAUCAAGGAAGAACCAAAAGAGCCUCCAGUUAAAAGAAGCAAUAGUAAGGAAGAUCAGAAAGAUUUACGAGAUGUUAUCAGGAAACGACACAGUUCCAGAAGUCCUAGUCCACGAAGGAGAGAAUUUGAUGAAAGAAGACGAAGAGUUGAUGACAGAAGAAUUAGACGAAGAAGUAGAUCAAGAAGUCCAUAUAGACCACCUAGAGCUCGCUCUCCAAGGGCAUGGUCUCCAAGGGGAAGGUCAAAGUCACCUAGACACUGGUCGCCUAGGGCAAGAUCCCCUAGAUUGAGGUCAAGAUCACCAAGAGGUCGAAGUCCUAGGAGGAUUGUAAGGGACUCACCAAAACGAUGGUCAAGAUCACCAAGAUCUAGGUCUCCCAGAGGAAGAUCACCUGGUUACAGGUCACCCAAAGCUAGAGCCAGGUCACCACGUUCACCAAAGCGAUCUGGAUCAUGGAGUAGGUCUAGGUCAAGAUCAAGAUCCACCCCUAGGUCUCGCUCUAGGUCAGGAUCAAGGUCUCCAGGAAGAAAAAGAGACAGUAGAGGUCCAACUCCAACUAUGGAUAAUGGAAAGUAUAUAGAAUCCAGCAUACCUGUCAUGGGGGUCACUGUUUACAGCACAGCAAGAACAGAACCCAAUGAGACUAAGCCACCAGCUGUUAAAUCACUGCCUAGAUGUAAAGAUUACGAUGAGCAGGGAUUCUGCAUGAGAGGAGACUUGUGUCCAUUUGACCAUGGUGUAGAUCCAGUCAUUGUUGAUGAUGUUCCUAUCACAUCUUAUCCUCCUCCUUCAGGACCACCACCCCCUCCAACCAGUGGAGCACCACCAAUGCCACCUCAUGCUGGACCACCACCACAGAUAAUAAGGCCUCCACCACCCAGGCCAGAACAUUUUGAACCUUACAAUCCAGAAGCACCAGCCAUGAGCAGGCCUCCACCAUAUUGGACUGGACCUCCUCCACCUCUUGGUGGUCCUCCUCCACAAAGACCCCCAGGGAUGUUUAUGAUGCAUGGACCUCCCCUUCCUCCCAACAUGAACCAGCAGCAGAGACCAAGGGACCUUGUUAAUAUACAAACUAUGCCUAAUCAAAGAAAUGAUGAACCCCCUAUCCAUCCCCCCGGCACUGAGCCUGUACAUAUCCCUCCACCAACAUCUCAGCCAGAGAGGACAGUGAUUGCACCAAAGAGGCCUUAUGAUAAUGGACAAGACAGACAUUAUGGAGGACCACCCUCAAAGAAACCUUUUGAUUACAAUAGAAUAGGAGGUUACAGGAAACCAGGAGCCAAUAACACCAAUACAACAUUAGAACUGAGGAAAGUUCCAAGGGAGAAUAACAAUAUUGCCAAAUUGUAUGAAUACUUUGGAAAGUUUGGAACGCUAACCAAUGUACAGGUAUCUUAUGAAGGAGAUCCAGAAGGUGCUGUGAUAUGCUUUGCUAACAAUGCCCAGGCCUUUGCUGCCUACAGGAGUAGUGAACCAGUCUUCAACAACAGAUUUAUUAAAGUUUUCUGGCAUAAACCAAAAGACAAGAAAGAUCAGGGAGAUGACUCCAACACAACGACAUCUGAUGCAACAAGUACAACACCCACUCCUCCUCCACCCAAACAGAAGGAUGAAAGAAAUGUUAAAUUACGGGUGGAAAUACCUCCUGCUCACAAACUGUCACUAAACAAUACAAUACCCAAGCAGUAUGAUGCUUCAAAACCAGAAAAGAGCAUUGUGUUCACACCAUCCUUAGGAGUUAUUACAAAGACUGUGUAUAAUCCCAAAGUGUCACCUGCUGGCAAACCAAAACUCACUAGUCCAACAGCAGUAGGAUCAGCCCAGUUUGUGUCAAAGAUUGAAGCCAUUAAAAAACAGGAGGAAUUAAAAAGAGAGGCAUCCAAGAAAAAAGCAGAGAUACAAAAACAGAAACAAGAACUGUUACAAAAACAAAUAGAACAACAGAAAAAAUUAAUAGAAAAAUUGGAGAAAAAUAAGGUAUUAGCAGCUACAGACAAGGAAAAAAUAAAAGAGACUUUAAAGAUACUAACUGGAAGUAUAGAGAGACUAACCAAAGAAGUGGUACCUGUCAUCCAGAAAUCUACACCACCUGUUACACCUGAGUUACCUGUAAUUACAUCACCAGAACAGGCCAAGAAGGAGAUUCUAGAUACAGAACUAGAAUUGUUUAACAAGCAGCAAAGUGGUGAAGACACAAUUAUACUCAGGAAAAAACUUAACGAACUUACAAAACAGGCUACUGCUAUGGGUCUGAUAGGUAGAGGUAGAGGUCGUGGAGCUAUCAGAGGUGGUAGAGGUCGAGGUUUCAUCCCCAACCGUGGUGCUAUGACAUGGGUAGCUGGAGGUGCUGCAAGAGGAACAAGUCCAUCAUUCCCUGUUGGUCGAGGUGCUAGUCAAUUCCCAGCAGCCAACACCAGUAGGUCCUUAGACAAUAGACCUAAACAGUUUGAAGUGACAGGCUUCAAAGCUGAACAGAAAGAUCUAUUGGAGACUCAUUUCAAGCAAUAUGGAAUGGUAGAAAGAAUAGACUUUGAUGAUGUAGAUAACAGUGCAAUAGUCUCAUUUAAAACAAGACAAGACGCAGAACACGCAGUUCUUCGUGGUGCUAAGUUACAAGACAGUAUAUUGACAAUGAAAUGGCAUACAGGAGUUAAGAUAAACAUUCGCCUGAAUGUUAGCAGUGAUGAUAGCUUUACAGAGCAUCACGACACUACAGAUGAGGGAACAGAGGAGAUUGAUGAAGAAGCAUUGUUAGCUGAUGAAGAGGAUCUGUUGAGGGUCGAGGAUGAAGAAGAAGAGGAUGAGGAAAGUAGGUCAUGGAGAAGAUGAUCAAGGUCAAAAGAGUAGACGAUCUGAGGAAGACAGUCGUAGAGGAUUUUAAUUGUUCUACUGUUCUCAACAACCAAUGAUAAAGAUAGUGGAGAAUUAAAAAAAGUGGUUGAAAUAAAACAAUUGUGAUAUGCAUGUCAUUUAUCCGAUAUAGUAUUUAAAAAGGACUGUUUAAACUAAAGUUUGGAGAAUGUUAGUUUACUUUUAAAAAGGUUUCCAAAAAAACAAAAAGUUUAAAUGUAAAGUAUUGAUGAUAACAAUUAUGGUUAAUUUUGAAAAAAUGUUGAUAUUAGAUUAAUACGCAUUAGAACAUUGUUACUGACCUAAAAUGUAGGUUUUAAACAACUUGUUUUUGAGAAAUGGUAGCUGAUUACUUUUUACUAGUCAGUUUUGUCAUUUAAUUAGUUUGCUAGUUGAUAGUUUGGAAAGCAACUUAAAUUUGUCAAUAUUUUGAUUUGCUUUAGUCUUACAGCAGAAAUGCUGAAUAUUUACAAUUAAGCCAAAGUGCUUUGUGAUUUUAAGUGUGUAAGUAGAUGAAUGUGGUCGAACAUAUGGAUAUGAAAUAUUUUAUUGUGUUCAUAUAAUUUGGUGCACUGUCUGUAACUGUGAAAUGUGUGGAGUGAAUUGAGAAAAAAUUGAGGUGUGAUCAGUUAUUUUUUGGGGGGAGGGGAUGGGGUGUAAUCACCAAAUCUCAUUAUUUAAAUGUUUAUCUUUACAGUUCUGCUUAAUCCUUUGUUGAUUGUUUUCAUCUAAAUUGUCACCUUUCCAUCUUUAUCUUUGGUUAUAUAUGUUAAGAAAGAAAGAUAAACUUUACCUAUAUUGUUUAAUAUAAUGAAACCAUUGUCAAUUGGGUCAAGCAUUGUCAAUUGAGGGUAUUUUUGUUACUUGUGAUUCAUAUCAUGCCUUCUCUUUUUUUCUCAUUCCAAAAUCAAAUAGUUUAAAUUCUGUGAUGUUAUAAUUGCUGUUAUUGUGUGUUUAUUGAUGUAUUUAAUUGUUGAGAUAUUAUAUCUGCUUUUGUCAAAGAAAUAAGUUGAAAGCAGAAAUGAUUAAAAAUUUAAGAUGCAAUAGACCAUGUUGUAUGCAGAUGAAAUUGUGGUGAGAGUUGUGUGUGUUGUUUUGUUAAUGUCUGUUUUAUUGAGAUGAAUGCUGAAAUAUUUAAUUGGUAUAAAAUAUGAAUGCUUGCCAUACUUGUGACAAAUUGUAAAUAUAGACUCGAUAAAAUGAUGGGAAAGC